AUGUCGAGCCAUUCAUUCCAGCAGGGCCCCAGAUGUGGUGGUCGGAGCUUCAGCUCAUGCUCAGCCGUGCUCCCCCGGACAGUCACCUACUCCUCCAUGAGCAGGGGGCCCUGCCGGUCCAGUGGUGGCGGAGGUCUCCGUGCCCUGGGCUGCCUGGGUUCCCGGAGCCUGUGUAAUGUGGGCUAUGGGCGGCCUCGGGUGGCCUCCAGAUGUGGCCUACCUGGUUUCGGGUACCGGGUGGGGGCAGCCUGUGGGCCUUCCAACUGCAUCACCCCCGUCACCAUCAAUGAGAGCCUGCUGGUGCCCCUCGAUCUGGAAAUUGACCCAACAGUGCAGAGGGUGAAGAGGGACGAAAAGGAGCAGAUCAAGUGUCUCAACAACCGUUUUGUGUCUUUCAUCAACAAGGUUCGGUUUCUGGAACAGAAGAACAAGCUACUGGAAACCAAGUGGAACUUUAUGCAGCAACAGAGAUGCUGUCAGAGCAACAUGGAGCCCAUCUUCGAGACAUACAUCUGUGCACUGCGCCGGCAGCUCGACUGUGUGGCAGGAGAUCGCACCAAGCUGGAAUCUGAGCUCAGUAACCUGCAGAAUGCACUGGAAGGCUACAAGAAGAAGUAUGAAGAGGAGCUUUCCUUGCGGCCUUCUGCUGAGAAUGAGUUUGUAGCUCUAAAGAAGGAUGUGGAUACUGCCUUCCUGAUGAAGGCUGACCUGGAGACUAACGUGGAGGCUCUGGUCCAGGAGAUUGACUUCCUGAAGGGCCUGUAUGAAGAGGAAAUCUGCCUGCUCCAGUCUCAGAUCUCAGAGACCUCAGUGAUUGUCAAGAUGGACAACAGCAGGGAGCUGGACGUGGAUGGCAUCAUAGCAGAGAUCAAGGCCCAGUAUGAUGAAAUUGCCAGUCGCAGCAAAGCAGAAGCAGAAGCCUGGUACCAGUGUCGGUACGAAGAGCUGAGGAUGACGGCCGGAAACCACUGUGACAACCUCCGCAAUCGCAAGAAUGAGAUCUUGGAGAUGAACAAGCUGAUUCAGCGACUGCAGCAAGAGAUUGAAAAUGUCAAAGGCCAGCGAUGCAAGCUGGAAGCUGCAGUGACUGAAGCGGAGCAGCAGGGUGAGGCAGCCCUCAGUGACGCCAAGUGCAAGCUGGCUGGCCUGGAGGAGGCCUUGCAGAAGGCCAAGCAGGACAUGGCAUGCCUGCUCAAGGAGUACCAGGAAGUGAUGAACUCCAAGUUGGGCCUGGACAUUGAGAUCGCCACCUACAGGCGCCUGCUGGAGGGCGAGGAGCACAGGUGA